AUGGCCGCGAACAUCAAAGGCGGCCUGGACCUGACCCGCCAGGAGGCCAUGGCCAUCGCGGCCCUCGCCACAAUCGGAAUCUAUAACGCCGUCGAGAUCUACGUCCUCAUCUUCAGCACCUUUCGCCAGUGCCGCGGCCGCUACUUCUGGAGCAUGAUCGUCGCCAAUACAGGCAUCUUUGUUCACGCCAUUGUGUCUCUCAUCCGCUACCUCUGCCGCGGCGACACCGUCGUCCCGGGAGCGUUCGCGCUGCUCGCGUGGUGCGCCAUGGUGACGGGCCAGUCCGUCGUGCUGUGGUCGCGGCUGCACCUCGUCGUGUACAAGCGCACGUCGCUGCGCCUGGUGCUGGCCCUCAUCGUCGCCAACGGGUGCGCGAUACACAUCCCCAUGGUGGUUCUGUGGGUGCUGUGCUGGGCGGCGCCGGCGCAGGACCAGGCGGGGUGGCUUGCGCGCUACGGCGUGUACGAAAAGGUGUCGAUUGUGGUGUUUGCGCUGCAGGAGACGUUCAUCACGAGCAUCUUUGCGUGGCAGGGGUUUUUCAGUUUGAAGCCGCUGUUUACGUUCAAGACGAGGGCGGCCAGGUUGAUGUCGUGGUACCUCCUCGGGCUCUUCCUCCUCGUCUUGUUACUGGAUGUCGGGCUGAUUGUGCUCGAGUACACGAAUAACUUUGUGUUCCAGACGACGAGCAAGCCCUUGGUCUACAGCAUCAAGCUCAAGGUCGAGUUCACGGUGCUAAACCAGCUGCUCGCCUUCACCAAGAUGAGCUCGUGUGAUUGCCACCACCUGGAUGACACACCGGGAGCGUACACCAAGGGCCUCAUUAUUCAGGACACCACCGGCACUACGAAAGGCUUGACGCAAGCGCAGAGGGAGAUGAUGCAGGGAGGACCGAUGGCGUCGCCCGAGCCGGAUCGGCCGGAUCACAUAUUCGACGGGACGCGGCCAGUUUCCGUCGAGGAGAGGACAUGA